AUGGGUAAUAUGACGUCGAUUUUGGCUGCAAAGCUUGCAUUUUUCCCACCAGAUCCUCCAACGUACCAAGUUUACAGGGAAGAAAAUGGGAAGCUGGUUUUGCCCGGGGUAACGGCUGACAAGAACAUGGAUGUUCAUUUGCUCGAUACCAGAGGUGGUAAUACGAUCGUGGCCACGUUUUGGAGACACCCUUUUGCCAGGUUUACCCUUUUGUAUUCUCAUGCCAAUGCUGCUGAUAUCGGUGAGAUGCAUGAACUCUUUUAUGAACUCAGAGCCCAUCUUCGUGUCAAUAUUAUGAGUUAUGAUUAUUCAGGGUAUGGAGCAUCCUCUGGCAAGCCAACUGAGCUCAACACAUAUUAUGACAUAGAGGCCGUGUACAAUUGUUUGCAGAAGGAGCAUGGGGUUAAGCAGGAAGAUUUGAUACUUUACGGCCAAUCCGUCGGAAGCGGACCUACUCUCCACUUGGCUGCUCGUUUGCCGAAACUACGAGGAGUCGUUCUUCAUAGCGCCAUACUUUCUGGCAUACGGGUCUUGUAUCCUGUUAAGAUGUCAUUUUGGUUCGAUAUAUUUAAAAAUAUUGACAAAAUCCGACUGGUCACUUGUCCGGUUCUAGUUAUACAUGGUACGGAUGACGAAACGGUUGACUGGUCUCACGGGAAGCGAUUAUGGGAACUUUCCAAGGAAAAGUACGAGCCUUUAUGGGUCAAGGGUGGCGGCCAUUGCAACCUGGAAUCGUACCCCGAAUACAUCCAACACCUAAACAAUUUCAUAAACACCAUGGAGAUGAAUUCUGCAAGGAGAUCAAAACAACUUAAUGCUAACCCCAGUAUUACAGAAACGAAACACAACAAAUGCUUGAGAUUCAGGAAAAGGGUAGCUGCGUUGAAAAAGGGUUGUUGCAUCGUCCCCAAGAAUCGAUCCCCUUGAUUUGGGGACAUGGUU